UUAUCCACUCGGACGAUCGGCGUGGUGUCGCGACUUACCAAAUUUCGUGGUUUCUAUCGGUUUGUGAUAAACACGUGCAGCAAAAUCAAGUUUAUGUUUUUUUUCUCACUUCGAAGAACUUCAGAAUUCAGGGUCAGGUCCAAGGUAGUCGCAGACCCGCGGCACCUGCCAUGGGAGGACCUCUAAGAUCUCUGCAAAACCCUUCUAAUUCUACAGUUUAGAUUGCAACAACACUAAUUCAAGAUACUCAACGAUCUCUGUUCUUCAAUUUUCCAGAGGUUCAAAUAUUCUAUCCCCGACUUUCCAAUUAUAGACGUCAAUUUCUUCAAAAGCUCUGAUAGGAUUACGUCCUUACGUAAUCGGACUCUGCAACAAGAACCCUAAUUUAGAUCAUACACAGGAAUGGACGGGCAUUCCGCGCAUUCAACUGCUCCAGUUCGUUCCAGGAGUUCCCAAUCUCCUUCGCCAUCACACUCGGCCUCGGCUUCUGUUUGCUCUUCAGCACACAAGCGCAAGCUAGUCUCCGACGACCACGCACCAGCUUUCCCUUUCUCCUUCUCUGACAACCGAGAUGGGGCUCUUACUUCUAAUGAUGACCUCGAGAGUAUCAGCGCUCGAGGGGCAGAAACCGACUCCGAAGACGAUUCAGAGGAGGUUGUUGACGAUGAUGAUGACGAAGAUAACGACUCAAUGAGGGUUUUUACGAAUGCCCGGUUAGAGAACAAUGUGAAAUCGAGGAAUACGAAGCUGAAGUCGGAGAAUUCUUCUAUGAAAAUUGAUUCUUCUGGGCAUUCUGAUAUAGGUAAGGAUGAACGGGGCCCCACUGCAUCAGUGGCUUCGGGCCUACCGCAACCUCCAGCAAUGAGUUCGAUUUCUGGGGUUGCAGUAAAGGAGGACACAAUGAAGGGAAUUUUUACCGAAAAUAUACAGACAAGUGGGGCGUAUAGUGCUAGAGAAGAAAGCCUGAAGAGAGAGGAGGAAGCAGGAAGGCUCAAAUUUGUAUGCCUCACCAAUGAUGGAAUUGACGAGCAUAUGAUUUGGUUGAUAGGAUUGAAGAAUAUCUUCGCUAGACAACUGCCUAACAUGCCGAAGGAAUAUAUUGUUCGUCUAGUCAUGGACAGAAGCCACAAAUCUGUAAUGGUUAUCAGGCAUAACCACGUAGUGGGGGGCAUCACAUAUCGCCCUUAUAUCAGCCAAAAAUUUGGGGAAAUAGCUUUUUGUGCAAUCACAGCUGAUGAACAAGUAAAAGGCUAUGGCACUAGACUGAUGAAUCACUUAAAACAGCAUGCUCGUGAUGUUGAUCGGCUCACUCAUUUUCUAACUUAUGCAGACAAUAAUGCUGUUGGUUAUUUUAACAAGCAGGGUUUUACAAAGGAGAUUGAUUUGGAGAAAGAAAGAUGGCAAGGGUAUAUUAAAGAUUAUGAUGGAGGAAUUCUUAUGGAAUGCAAAAUUGAUCCGAAGCUUCCAUAUACUGAUUUAUCAACUAUGAUUCGCCGACAAAGGCAGGCAAUUGAUGAAAAGAUAAGAGAGCUUUCUAAUUGUCACAUUGUGUACCCAGGAAUUGACUCUCAAAAGAAAGAAGCUGGGAUUCCCAAAAAGAUCAUCAAAGUUGAGGAUAUCCCUGGUUUGAGAGAGGCUGGUUGGACUCCUGAUCAGUGGGGAUAUUCACGCUUUAGAGCAUUAUUAGGUGCUUCUGCAGAUAGUGCCUCCUACCGGCAGAUGUUGAAUAACUUCAUGCGUUCACUUUUGAAGAUAAUGCAUGAUCAUCCUGAUGCUUGGCCAUUCAAGGAGCCUGUUGAUUCGCGUGAAGUGCCUGAUUAUUAUGAUAUUAUCAAAGACCCCAUGGAUUUGAAGACAAUGUCAAAGAGGCUGGAAUCGGAGCAGUAUUAUGUGACAUUCGAGAUGUUUGUUGCGGAUGUCAAGAGGAUGUUUGCCAAUGCACGCACCUAUAACUCUCCUGAAACCAUAUAUUACAAAUGUGCAACCAGGCUGGAAGCUGUUUUCACAAACAAAGUUCAAGCCCAUCUUCAAUCUUGUAGCAAACUUCAGCAGUAACUACUGUUAUAGACUGUCAGGCUGGAAGCUGUUUUCUCAAAGAAAUUUCACGCUCAUCUUCCUUCAAUCAUGUAGCAAACCUCAGUAGUAACAGCUGAUCUACUACAUUCAGGCAGUGAUGUAUGUACAAUACAUGUGACCCUCAGCAAAGAAUGUCAUCGAACUGAGUCCACCAUGGUAAUUUAUUGCUUCUUCUAACAAGCACAUUUUUAUGAAGAUCCUAUUGACCAAAUUUUCUGCCUGGGUAAACUGGGAAAAUUAAGAUAUUGUAAUCAGCCUAACUUAUUAGUCCUCCUUGACAGUACAAUAAUUGUUCAGUAAAUUUGUAUAUGUAUCUAAAGAUUGUACUGUAGUCUGGAACUCUAGAUCAUACCCAAAAAAAAAAAUUCAAAAUGACAAGUAUCGGCAAUCCAA